AUGGGAAAAGUUCAAGUUCUAUCAAUUCAAUCGGCAACAAAACGAAAAAUAAAUCGAAAUGCAGCAGCAAUUGAUUCACAAAAUAAUAAUUUAAAUGUUGGUGAUAUGAGUCGACAAGGACAAAUAAAACAUCUUUAUCGUCAUUUUGUUUUUAUAUUUUGUCAUACAUUAACUGAAAAUGGUGGUAUAUUUGUACUUUCAUCAAAUCCAAUAAAUACUGUACCUAUGUCACCACUUCGUAUCACAUUGCCAUCACCACAUACAUCAUGA